AUGGACUUGAUACUUGAUCUCUUAUUGAACUAUCUUAAACGUGACCUGAAUUCGUUUGUUCCGUUCAAAAGUGACUGGAAUUUGGAUGAUACUUAUCUUAAUUCAUCGAAACCUUACCUAAUGAUCAGGAUGAAAAUAGUUGAGAGACAAAAUUCAUUAACUGAUUGGGAUAUAAUUACCGUAGCUGAUUUAACUCGUGCCGCUCAAAUUGCCGCUACUCAAACAACUUCAGUUGCAAAUACUUUUCUCCACAAAGUGGAAAAAAUUGUUAGCAAGGCUUUUAGUCGAUCUGCAACAUCAAGUCCAAUUGAAACGAAUCCAAGUCCAUUGAAUGAGAAACAAUAUUACACUUACUUGGACGCUCAAGGUCGAAUCAGGUCAUUACAAGAAUUACGAAUUUCAAUAUUCCGACGAGGUGUUGACCCGAUAUUACGUCGAGCCGUUUGGAAACAUUUACUCAACGUUUACCCUCCGGGUUUAACGGGAAACCAACGAUAUGAAUAUAUCAAGGAGAAAGCGGAACAAUAUCAUAGAAUGAAAACUCUGUGGACUUCAAUGGUUGGCUCAGAUGAGACGGUCGAUAGUACCCUUAAUAUGGUUCGAAAAGAUGUUCUUCGAACUGAUCGUAUGCAUCCUUUUUAUUCAUCAUCUUUACCACCGUCAUCUUCAAGCUUAUCAACAUCAUCAGCUGAUCUUGAUAAUAACCCUAACGUGGUCAGUUUACUUAACAUAUUAACCACUUUUGCCUUAAAUCAUGGAGUUAAAUAUUGUCAGGGAAUGUCCGAUUUGGCCUCACCUUUACUUUAUGCAAUGAAGGACGAAGCACAAGCUUACAUUUGUUUCUGUGGAUUAAUGUUAAGACUUCGAGAAAAUUUCACAAUUGAUGGUGAAGCGAUCAGCUGUAAAUUUGAUUAUCUAUCUCGUCUACUUCAAUAUUAUGAUAGCGAUUUUUACUCUUACUUAAAACAAGUUGGUGCUCAAGAUUUACUCUUCUGCUAUCGGUGGAUUCUUCUUGAGUUGAAACGGGAAUUCCCCUUCGAUUGUGCUCUAACCAUGUUAGAAGUUCUCUGGUCAUCAAUCCCUCCCGUUCCUAUUGAUGAUCUACCCCUUUACGAUGAAGGAUUUCGAUAUGAUCUUGAUAAAGGUUCAACUCAAGAUGCAUUAGUAAUGGAAGCCGAUCUUGCCAAUAUGGCCACUAAUUUGGCCACAUCGGGUAAAGGUUAUCACUCUCGAUCUAAUUAUCACCAUCAGGGUUCAUCAGAUGAAAACGAUGGAGAUGUUGAAGAUGCUGAAGAUGAAGACGAUUCUGCUAUUAAGAGUAAUAAUAAGUCCAGUAAUGGAAUUGAUAGUAGUAAUUAUCAGACUAAUUGUGAUAAUAAAAAAAGUAAUAAUUUGAUUAAUGGAGUAAUCAACAGCAACACCUCAUCGCGGAAAUCAUCACUCGGUUCAAGUCGAAAUGUGAAGAUACCAAUUGUUAAUCGUCGUUAUCCUCGUAGUGGUCAUCACAAGUAUGGAGAUCAGUUCAGUUUGAUGAACCAUAGUUUACCAGAAUUUGGAACUCGAACUUUUGAAUGUGGAGAUCUUGAAAAUUCUGGAUCCAUAAAGAUAAAUGGUCUCUAUUUAAGUCAUCAUAUCGAUCAUCAACGGCAAAGGUCAUCAAUAUCAGCCUCAUCAGCAACAUCUAAUCAUUUAUCAUCAUCACCAUUGACAAUAACAUCAGUGAACAAAAUAUUGCCCCAAGAUAAUCAUGUUCAUAAUACAAACAUUAAUCCACCAAAUGGUGUAAAGGUUAAUUCAAAUUCGGCAUCGAACCAAUCAACUCAGACCACUCGAAGCUCUUUACCUCAUGUAUUGAAAGGAAAUCGACCUCUUCGGACUAUUCGAUUUCUUCCAAAGAUUUUAUCCAACGAUUCUAGAGAAAUUGAUUCACCGGACGCGGAAGAAUCAAUAACUAAGACGUUCAAUUUUCCACCAAAAAUGAUUGACAAAGGAUUCAGCAUUGACAGUGAUGGUGAUUGUCGCCGAUUAACCAGCUUUGAAUCAGUCGGUGGUUCCUCUAAAAAUUCAUCUGUUGAUAUUGAGGAAGAUGGAGAUCCAUCAGCAACAGUUAAUCAUCACGAUUUAAGAGGUGGAAUCCAUGGAGUUGGUGGAUUAGCGGGAAUCAAAGGUGGUGAAAAUAAUACCUCAACAUCUUCAUCUUCUAGCUCGUCUUCAGCUGCGGUCAGAUUACGAUGUCAACAAAGGCGUCGUUUAUUUUGUCGGUUAGGCUCGAGUGGUGGUAGCGGUCAAACUGGUGGUGGAAAUAGUUUGGGUAGUUUUGGACGGGAUAAUAGUGAACCAAGUUCACCUUCAUCAUUUCAUUCGGGUUCAUUUGUUUAUCCCAAUAAUGUUAAUACCUCAACUCAUGAAGUUGAAACCGAUUGUGAACAAGAUCUGAUUGUCCAUUGUAAUGGAGAGUAUACCGAUUCUCGGGCUAAUAAUCAUCAACAAGAUUGGAUUAUCCCUCGGGGAUUAGCUCGCAGUGUUUCCUAUGAAUGUCUCAAAAAUUUCACCAUAACACCAGGGUCUCCCACCCAAAAUGGUGAAACAACUAAUCUGAUCAACACAAUUAACAUCAAUGACUGUGCCGGAUCAUCAAACAGUGGAUUAGUCAUACUAGAAGGAAGCUCUAGUAACACUGGUUCAGGUCAUCAUCUCAAUACUGCUGGACUUACACCGAACAGUGAUACCGCUGAAGCGGGUGCACUUUUAGGAUCACGAAACAGUAAUACUCAAGGUUUAGAAAAGGAAAGAUCCGAAGGAUAUGGUUCGGGUUCUGAUCCAUCUGACCUCAUGUCGGAAGUUCAUUCAGCUUUUGGUGGAACCCUGGACGGAGCCAAAUCUGAUUCAUCUUCAUGUUCAUCACUUGUUAUUCUUAAUUCAAAUGGAUCAUCAACCAACGAAUCAAAUCAUUCACCUCCACCAUCUUCAUCUUCAUCUUCAUCACCAUCAAAUAACAAUACAAAUAAUGUCGAUAUUAAUAACGACAAAAUGAAAAACACCAAUAAUGGAAACAUCAAUGAUGAUAAACCCCUUUUACCCUCACCCACUGAAUUGGGUUCAUCCAAUGCAUUUAUGUUGUUCCUUUGUCUCACCAUAUUACUUCAACAUCGAGAUAAAAUAAUCUCUUCCGGAUUUGAUUGUAAUGAGAUCGCUGUUUAUUUUGAUUCUUAUAUUCGUCGACAUAAUGUUCAAUCUGUUCUCGAAAACGGAAGGUCACUUUUCCAAUCUUAUCUUAACCAGUGGCAUCAAAAUGACAAUGAAAAUAAUUUAUCACAAGAAUUUCCUCCAACAUCAUUUAACUAAAUCCAAUAAUGACCAAAAAAAAAGAUUUACAAACAAUUACUAAAUUCAUCUUAUUAUGAAUGAGCAAAAUUAAUCCUGUUUGAAUGAAAAUCCAGUCAAUCGACAACAAAAACUUUCAACUAAUCAACAAUUUACCAUGAUGAUUACUAAGAAUCAGUAUUAUCAAUUAUACAUUACUCAUCAAUUCCCUUUGAUUGUUUACAAUUAGCUGUUAAUUUCCUUUAAGAAAAAACAAACCUCGUCAUCAUCUUGAUCAUAUUUUUAAUUGUUUUAACUUCCUUUUAAUCAACUUUGAUUGUCUUGAUUUUUUACCAUCAUCAUAUUAACUUUUCAUGAUUUAUUAUCAUUCCCUAAAUUGAUUGAUCAUCCAGUUUUCCCUAAAGAAGGAUUGACAAACCAAACAAUUAACUAAUUACUAUCCAACAAAAUUUUAUACACAAAUCAGAUGAAAAAGAAAAUCAAUUGUUACAAACAAUUUAAACACUUCUUUCUACAACUUUAAAAUCACAAUUUAAUUAACUACAAUUACCUCAAAAACUGUGAUCGUAAUGCUAAUUGACAUAAAUCAUCAUUUUUUUUCAUCAUUUUCUAAAUCACAAUCAACUAAACAAUUUGAUUGAUUGAUUAACUUGAAUCAUUGCUAAUUAUUAAUUUACUUGGUAAUAUGGAAGGUGAGAAAAUUUUAAUUGUUUCUAAUAUAUUAAUCAAAUUUGAUUUAAACAUCAUCAUUAUCUUAACUAUUGAUUAUGUUUAUCAAUAUUUAAAUCAUUUUAUACACUUAAAUUGUUUGACUCUCUCCCUAAUUAAACUGAAAUAAUUUCCAUUGAAAACAAUUUAAUCUAAUUGUUGCAAACAAAACCCCCCUUUCUAUUGAUUAUUAACUGAUUGUAACACCUUUUAAUUGUUUGUAAAUUAUUGAUCACUGGACACAAAAGGAAAAUUGAACAAUUAAAUUUGAUUGUAAAUGUUUUCCAAAACAAUUAAACAAACAGAUUCAAAUGUGAAGCCAAAAUAAACAAACGGUUUAAUUAUUAAUCUUGCAAAAAAUUAUGUGAAUUUUAAUUUUAUUUGUUUUAAUUGUGACAAUUUAUUUGUAAAGAUCAAAAAUAA